AUGGACCAUCAUACAAAUCAUCAUCAUUAUUCGGGACAAGGCUUUAAUCAUAAUGAAGGGAAUAAUCAUCCCUACUAUCAACCUAGAAAUCCAAUGAAUAGAGCUAAAAGUCAUGAAGAUGUUUGUUUGCAGAGAAUGGUUGGAUUGAGAGAACAACAUUCCAAGUCAACUCAACAAUUAAUGACUCAACUCAAUUUGGCUAAGGAAUUGGUUAAGGAAAGAGUGGUUAUAAAAGAAAGUGCUAAGAGAAGAGAAUCAUCAUCAGAUGAGAAUGUCACCCAAAACUAUUCAGCCUCAGCUGAUGAAGUUCAGCAAAUGAGAAGACAAAAUCGAUUGGGAAAAACAUCAUUGACAGCUAUGAAAUAUCUCAGUAGUGUCGAUCACAGGAGAAGCAGUAGUUUAUUGGGAGUGAAUACAAUUAUUCACAAAAAGAAACCAGUCAACUGCUCUGAAAAUAUCCAAUAUUGUCAAAAUGUUGAAGAGGACAUCCAUGGAGUGCCAUUAGAAGAUGAAUCUAGUCAACCACCCACACAAAAAACAAUUGUGGUAAACAUUAAUGAAAAGCUAAAAACUGGAGCAAAAAGAAGUGCAACUCAAUCCAAUCUCCUACACCAACAUUCAUCGUCUGAAUUGAAAAAGAUUUAA